AAAAUCAACAGAGAAAGAGAUCUCUCCUUUUCAGUAUCUUUGCAUCAGAAUUGGUUGUUAAUGGUUACUUAUGGACGUGCCUGUAAAGCAUAACUAGUAAAAGGCGAAGCUUUUGCCUUACAGAAGCUUCAUGACUGGUUGUGGCUCUGCCUUUAGUAAUGAGAUUGUGGAAUUAGGCCACUGCUUAAGGAAUCUAAAAUAAAUACGUGAACCUAAUUAACUGAAGAAUAAUAAUAUUGAACUCAAAUGUCUUUUAAUCCUAAGAAAAGGAUUAGAUUUAACAUCUUUUACUGCAAUUUCACUUAUGAAAAUACUCCGCAGGUGAAGAAAUAAAUUUGGAGUAUAUUUUUCUCUUUAGUGGUUGGACAAAGACAGCAAUUUAUCCAAGUCAAAGUUGACUCCUACCUUGCCUUUUGAGAGGGAAGAGAGGAAACACGACGUCUUCAAUGUAUCUCUCUCUCUCUCCAUUUAUCUGUUAUAGAAGGAAAGAAAAAGGAUACAAUAGCAAUGGGGAUUUGCUGGGGUUCUCCUGUUGAUGAGCCAAACCCAUAUCCACCAAGGCCAACCACCAUCUCCCAUUUGAGCCAAGAUGCAUCUAUUGCUAUUAGUAACAGCAGUUGGCAAACUGUGGCAAGCACCAAUUUCACAACAUGGAUAUCUCAAGUAAGUAGCAGUUUGACCAAUCUUGGGGCCAACAACCAAUCCUCCAGGGAAAUUACUGAUGAGGUUCUUUCUCAUGGAGGAAUUACUGCUGGUGAACACUUGAGAGUUUUCACUUAUGCACAAUUGAAGGCUGCCACUCGCAAUUUCAGAAGUGAUAUGAUUGUGGGUAGGGGAGGUUAUGGUAAAGUUUAUAAAGGUGGCCUCAAGGAGAAGGUUCCAUCUGAGGGAAUAAAGAAAUUGGUCAUUGCUGUCAAAACAUUGGAUACCAGAAGCAGGCAAGGGUUUAAGGAGUGGCUGGCUGAGGUGAAUAUUUUGGGAAGCCUUUCUCACCCUAACCUUGUAAAGUUAUUGGGAUACUGUUUGGAGGGUGGAAAAUUCUUCCUUGUCUAUGAAUUUGUGCAAAAUGGCAGCUUAAAUUACCAUCUGUUUGGAAAAGGUUCACUUCGGCCACUUCCAUGGACCGUGAGGUUUAAAAUUGCUAAAGGAAUGGCUCGGGGACUGGCUUACAUGCACACGCUAGAUGCACCAAUAAUUCACAGAGAUUUUAAGUCCUCAAAUGUACUGCUUGAUAAGUGCUAUGAUGCAAAAAUCUCAGACUUUGGCUUGGCAUUUUUGGGCUCUGCAGCUGGUACUUCCAAUCUCAAAACAAGUGUAUUGGGAACAUAUGGUUAUGCUCCUCCGGAAUUCAUCGCCUCCGGUCAUUUGUAUGUAAAGAGCGACGUCUACAGUUUUGGAGUGGUUUUGGUUGAGAUGCUCACAGGCUUACGUGCUACUGACAAACGACGUCCAAAAGCGCAAAUAGUACUUGUGAACUGGGUGAAACCAUACCUAUCAAAUAAAAGAAAGCUGAAAAAAGUGAUGGAUUCACGGUUAGAGGGAAAAUAUCCUUACAGUGAAGCAUCAGAAAUAGCUCAGCUUGCUAUCAAGUGUCUUCAUAAUGAGGCUCAUUUGCGGCCAUCCAUGAAAGAAGUUGCUGAGACAAUGGAACGGAUUGAAGCUUCCCGACAUAAAAGGAAUAGAGCAUAAAAUUAAUUUUGCCCAGCCUAGUGCUUCUUGACAUCUUCACUUACAUUUUCUAUUUAACAAAAGCAAGAUGUUAAGUCGAGCAUACAAGAACUUUUCCAGGGAAGGUAACAAUACAGUGGAUGCAACCCUAAUGUCAUAAUGCAAGUGCUUGAAUGGCGUCUUAUUUGGCAGGUAAUCAUGUAAUCAGUUUCCCAUUAUUCAAAAUCCAAUUUGUCAAGUAAUGAGGUACAUGUUAGGUUUUAUACUUAGCACCAGGUGCAGUUUCACAUCCGUAUAGUUCCAUUGAACUCAUAGUAAAUUAUAUUGUCAAUACGUUUUUUGGUACUUUAGGAGUUUUCCUUAUUUAGGUGAAACAUACAAAAAGAAAUGUUUUAUGUAACCACAUAAACUCGGGUGAAAGUUAUAUAUGGUCUGUAUGAAUAAUUCUGUUCAUUCGUUAGCGGGUCUGCCUUAUUCCUCCUAAAUAGAUUGUGCCUUGGAGAUGAGAACCUAGCAAUGCAAACGGAUCACUUCCAUGGUCGAAGAAUGACAAUCGUUGGACUUGAGAAUACUACUGAAUUUCCUACCUGUAUGUGAUUGUGAUACAAUAGCGUCUUACUGUCAUAUACUUUCGGUCCAUUACAUUGCUGAUGCAACUUCCCCAGGAUGGUGAACAUUUUGUUGUAUUGAGAUGAUUAGGUUAACAUUUCUUUCGAUAGCAACAAGGAAAGACAAGCUGUUGCUUAAUAAGAAAAAUAUCUAUAGCUUGUUUUGAUUCAAGAAAGGAAGUAGCUUGACAGGAAGAUUGAGAUUUCUAAUAUGUUUAAACAAUCAAGCAGUUGCCUCCAAGCCAAUAUUUCUCCCAGGAACUCUAUGAAUGGAAUGCAUAUUUGGCGCUGUUAA